AUGCCGGUGCUGCACCGGUUGUACAGGUUUCUGCCAAAAGAUCGGAACAACCGCCCCGACGACUGGAACAACCACUGCCCCUUCGGUGCACACCUCCAGAUCCAGCGCCUGGUCUUCCAGCGGAACUACCGCCCCCGCCUGACUGGGAUGGUCAGGUCGACGCCGCCGGCAACAUCGUCCUCGUCGUACCAGGGUUCUGGUGCUGCCGCCAUUGCUGCCUCCUACUUCCCCCAGCAGGCUCACUACACCUAUCCUUACUACUACGGGUAUACAGGAGGGUAUUCUCACGAAAACAUGUAUCAAAUGCAAAUGAGCUACUAUGGUGCGCAUGGUGGAACGAGCGUGCAGCAGCAACAGCAGCAGCAGUCACAAGUGCAAACAUACUACACAGCCGCUGGGCCGGAAGGAACUCAGCAAGGGUUUUCACCGUACUAUCUCCAGCAGAUGCAAGCAGCCAGCAACCAAGGUCAGAAUUCUUCUGCCGCAAUCCUGCAGUACUCGCAGAUGAUGCAGUACGCGGCACACAUGCAGCAGGCGGCGCACGCCGCCGGGCUCCACGGCGCCGACGCUCCAGAGAGCGCCAGCGACGCAGCUACAGGGGCGGGUGGAGCUGCAGCGGCCGUCGGAUCCGACACGUCGUCUGACACUGAUAGGAGAGCUGCGGCUUGAUGUAGCCUUGCACCCCGAGCCGCUGUCCAUGACUAACAAAAGUGAAGAAAAGAAUUGUACUCCUAUCCGUUAACACAUUCUUGAAAUUUUAUGCCCGACAAACUGCACUCUACAAAUUCAUGAGGAUGUGCUGCCUAUAUUAUA